UGGCCUUGCAUUCCAGAGGCCUGGAGGCGGUGUGGGGCCUUGCGAGGUGUUUUGGACUUCAUCUCCCAGAAUUCCUAUUCAUUGGACGGAGUGGCUGAGGCUUCUGGGAGUUGGAGUCAAAGAGAAAAAACAUGGCGGCCCAAUGAUUCAGAAUGUCAGAAGGGACUUCAAGCAGUGAUGCUGGAACCUCGGGCAGCGUCCGGCCCACACUUGCUGCCGCCCGGGGGCUGAUAGGGAGGAGACCCUCCGCCCCCAUCACUCCAGGCCGCCUGCCCUCCAUCCGCUCCCGAGACCUUACCCUCGGCGGAGUGAAAAAGAAAACAUUCGCGCCCAACAUCAUUAGCAGGAAGAUCAAAGAAGAGCCAAAAGCGGAUGUUUCCGCCCAGAAGGAGAAGAAGGAGCGCGAUCGAGACCGGCAGAGAGAUGGGCACGGUCGAGGCAGAGGGAGGCCAGAGGUCAUCCAGUCUCACUCCAUCUUUGAGCAAGGCCCAGCGGAAAUGAUGAAGAAGAAAGGUGCCUGGGAUAAGACGGUGGACGUGUCUGACUUCGGCCCUUCCCACAUCAUCAACAUCAAGAAAGAAAAGAGGGAGACGGACGAAGAGACCAAGCACAUCCUGCGCAUGUUGGAGAAGGAUGAUUUCCUGGAUGACCCAGGUUUGAAAAAUGACAUCCGGAAUAAGCCUGUCCAGCUGCCUCUGGCCCAUUCGGGUUGGCUUUUCAAGGAGGACGACCAAGAAGAUAUCAAGCCUUUGCGCUCCGGCCCGAAGGAGGAGGAGAUGGAGGUUGACGCCUCUUCAGUGAGAGUGAAAGAGGAGCCCCAGGAUGAAGAGGAGUCCCCGUCUGCGCUCAGAUCAACUCCUGCAAAGGCGCCUCCUCCUCCUCCCUUUCCGCAGGAUGUGUCAGUGGCGGAGCUGCUGCACGGGCUGAGCCUCUGCAAGGAGGACGAGCUGCUCUUCCUGCAGCUGCCGGAUACGCUCCCAGGGCAGCCGCCCACCCAGGACUCCAAGCCCAUCAAGACAGAGGUGCCGAACGAGGACGGGCAGAUGAUGGUGAUCAAGCAGGAAAAGAGCCAGGAAGCCAAGGAAGCAGAGAACACCUGCACUUUGGGGGACCUGUCUGAAGGGCAAGUGGGGAAGCUGCUGAUCCGCAAAUCGGGGAAAGUGCAACUCGUUCUGGGCAGAGUCACUCUGGAUGUGACCAUGGGGACCCCCUGCUCCUUUCUCCAGGAACUGGUCUCCGUGGGCAUUGGGGACAACAGGAGUGGCGAGAUGACCAUCCUGGGCCACGUCAAGCACAAGCUGGUCUGCGCGCCCGAUUUUGAAUCCCUGCUGGAACACAAACAUCGGUAGAGAAAGAGAACAUGCGGGGAGGGCGAAGGCCUGUGCGGGAUUUCCCGGUCCUCCUGGGGGUCCCUUACACACAACGGAAGUGCCUUGCUCCUUGGAAGAAAGAGCUCCAAGGAAGACUCUCCUAGACCGGAUCGGCCACAUUGUAAUGGAAGGAGUGUGCAUGACAUUGCAGUGCUGGGCUUGCUCUGGUAGGAUUUUGAGCACUGUCCUUCCCAGGUCCAGUCUAGGAGCAACUUUACUCAUCAACACUGAUUCUCCAGAUGUUGUCCUGAGUACAACAUAGAGGACCUGACCUGGAUGUGGCUUGGAGUAGAGGCUUGUUAUUCUGCAUCUACUUCCUGCAGAAGAGCAGGACCAUAGGUCUACUCCAAAUCUCUCCGAAAACUGGAGAUGAAGCCCUUUCUCCCUCUGUUUUUUCAGUCUUGAGUGUCUACAGCUAUGUGUUGCAACAGCAGGAGCAUAGGGAAUGGAAAUCUGGGUUGUUGUAGGAUUUUCGGGCUGUAUGGCCAUGUUCUAGAAGCAUUCUCUCCUGACGUUUCGCCUGCAUCUGUGGCAGGCAUCGUCAGAGGGAGUGAGGUCUGUUGGAAACAAGGAAAAUUGUGUUUAUAUAUCUGUGGAAAGAACUCUUGUCUGGUGGAGGUAAGUGUGAAUGUUGCAAUUGGCCACCUUGAUUAGCAUUUGAUGGCCUGAUAGUUUUUAGGUGUGUCUUGUUACUGCAUGG